CUGUAAAUUCUUGCAUGGUCAUUUGUGCAUUUGUUUUAUUUUCACUUUUUCAGAUUUCUUGACACAAAAGAAUCAUUCUGAUAUCAAUAUGGCUGGAGUUCCUGAUAGAAACUACCUUCUCUCUGUUUUCCAGAAAGUUGACAAGGAUCGCAGUGGUGCCAUAGAUGCUCUGGAGCUACAGACUGCUCUCUCUAAUGGCAACUGGACCCCCUUUAAUCCCGACACUGUGAGACUCAUGAUAGGUAUGUUUGACAAAGCCAACAAGAAUGUUAUUACAUUUGAAGAUUUUAUUCACCUAUGGAAAUAUGUGACGGACUGGCAGCAGGUAUUCCGGUCCUUUGACCGAGACAACUCCAACAACAUCAAUAAAGAAGAACUCAAAACUUGCCUCACUACUUUUGGUUACAGAUUCUCAGAGCCAUUUUUUGACGUGCUGAUGCAGAAGUUUGACAGGACGAGGAAAGGCGUAAUCUAUUUUGAUGACUUCAUUCAGUGCUGCAUUGUGCUACAGAUGCUGACGCAGGCGUUUGCAGCGCAGGACGUAGAGCGUCGUGGCGUCAUCACGGUUGGCUACGAGCAGUUCCUGGGCAUGAUCUUCAGCACGAAGCUAUAGUCCCGCCGUCUGCGUGCGCUGCCCUUCACCGCUACACGCGAUAAACUUACAGUCCUUACUACCAGCUACAGUUGUUACUAUAGUUCUGUCGAGUUAGUCUCUUCCAGCUACAGUAAAUAUUACAUUGAGAUUUACUGUUAUAUAAUGUUAUAACAUUUCUGUCAAGUUAGAAUCGUCAAGCUGUUUUUUACAAUAUUGUCGAGUUUUCCUCUUCUUGUUGAAGUUUGUAUCAAGAAGGAGUACUCAUUACUCAUAUCCUCGAUGUUUGUAGUCACUUACUAUAUUUUCAUGUUAUUGCCAAAUUUUUAUACUUCACUUUCUAUUAUACCAUUAAUUGCUCAUUAUGGCAUGUUACCAACAAACUGAAAUCUCAUGUUACGCGAGAAUUUCAGUUCUGGUUGCUUAUUUUAAACAUUCACAAAUAUUGUCCAAAAAUGUGGUAUUGUUGAUAAUUUACUCCAUCUGAGUGACGCUCUCUUAUUAUUACUUGUGAACCAUUCCUUUCUUCUUGUGACGUCUUGAAUAGCUUGUAUAGCUCGUCUUUUAAUGUUGUCGUGUUUCUUUGAAUUUCCUGCUGGCUUUCUGCCUCGUUGUAUUGACCGGGAAGUUGUCGAUAAGACAAUUGUCACUUUCAGAAUAUUAGAAUAUUAUCUUCUGUGUGUAAGUGGUGUUAUUCUGAGGGUCAAUAUUGCCAUUAUUCUUAGAUUGUUUCCUGAGAUUAUGCCGGAGUGAUGAGCAGCGUGACCCUGAAGUCAUUCCUCGUCUGGUUCUGAAGUAACUCCUAGGGUUAUCCUGAGGUUAUUCUAGGGGUGAAUGAUCAUAUGCUUCAUUACUUUCGACACUUUUUCAAGAUGUAAUUUACUCAGAAUUCACCUGAAUUCCCUGACGGCCCUGCGUUUUUUGCCCUCCCUAGCGAGAACCUACCUUUACUCUUAUUCUUUCGUCCCGGGCACCAGAUGUCAUGGCCUCCUCUCUUUGGUCCCAGAAAAGCCAUAUGUGUGCAACAAUAAGAGAUUUAAGUGUGAUUUUAACUUAACAGUUUCUUUACAUGUCUAUCUUUUUAUCAUAAACAUUUUGCGUGCAGGUUUUAGUCCGAGUUAUAAUUCAGGCCUCGUCAUGGUUAAAAUUUGGGUUCCGACGACAUUGUUUUUUCAUCAGGCCCUUCGUGUGAAGUUCUCACAUUAGUCGUUUAGUUUACUUCUUGUUAGAUGUUCGACUUUACGAUUAGGCAACCUUAUCUUGACUGAAAAAGUGCACUAUUUGUGAUUUUAUGCCAGCUGAUAUUGUAACUAAGCCAAAUUUUAUUGAAUAAUUUCUAGGGACGAUAUACAUCAGAAUUGAAAACCAGUACAUUGACUAUAUUUACGCUAUUCAUUUGCAGGUAAGGUUAAAUUUCCUGUUAUGGAGGCAAUGUUUAAUGCCAUUUCGUCUAAUCCUCCUAGUCUAAUUUACUGUGAAUUUAUUUCUUUCGUUUCAAGUUCAUAAGUUUUGGCCUUACGUUAAAAGGAACUAGUCUUCGUUUUUGUGAACCGAUGGUUGGACCGGCUCACCGCGGACGCAUUUCAUAGAUAUUCUUCUACUUGUCCUUCUCUAAUGCCUAUGUAUCGCAUAAUGAAAUGCUGUAGAUAACACACCCAACAAAAACGAAAACACAGUCUGAACAUUAAGAAUGUCUUGGAAUCGCGUACUAUGGAAUGUUAAUUCAUCAGUUGUAAGAAAAUGUGAUUUUAAUUCUUGCCGUAAUAAUCUCUCUUGUUCUUCUAGUGAAAUAAUUUUAUUUGUUUGUCUGGUUGCAAGCCUUGUCUCAGCACAACGGAUGGGAACUUAAGAGUCACGCUUAAUCUCACGUAAACCGUCUCAACUCGACAGGUUCCCAUUGCAAGAGGUCGGGGCAUGCGUCAGGAACUUGUAAAUACCCUUACAAUUUUAUAAAUUUCUUGUAUAUCAAGAAUAUUUCAAUGUAGUUCUACCAAUGUUUAUUAGUUGUAAGGCCCCAAAUUCAGUGCACCAUGAAUUGUCGCCAGUGACUAGUAUGCAUAUGACUCAAUAUGCAUUACUGUACACAUAAAUUUUAGGGAAUACAGAGUAUUCCUUGCUGCAAGUCCAAGUCACACAAGAAACUUUUGUUAAGACUGAUGCCGAAUAUUUGGCUUGAAACGUGCAUGUUUAGAAGUAGGUUUUUGUAACACGUGAAUUAUGUAAACUGCUAUUGACAAAUAAACUUUGAAUUAAUUGCAA